CGCUUUCCUCCGACGGUGACGAAACCAAAGGAAAAAAAAAGCUACUCAAUCCAUCAUUCUCUCUUCGAACGCAUCCUCGCAAGAAUUUCGCAUCCGACGACGUUUCGCUUGUCUGACUUUAUCUCCGGGCAUAAUCCUCUCGAUUCGAAUCCGGGGAAAACUGAAUCUCGUCCCCGGAGAUGGCGGGGAUCCUGAAUAAAUUGCGGAAUCUGGAUGCGUAUCCAAAGAUCAAUGAGGAUUUUUACAGCCGUACGUUAUCCGGCGGCGUUAUCACCCUCGUCUCCUCCGUUGUUAUGUUCCUUCUCUUCUUCUCCGAGCUACGAUUAUAUCUUCAUAGCGUUACCGAGACGAAGCUCGUUGUGGAUACUUCAAGAGGGGAGACGUUACGCAUCAAUUUUGAUAUGACUUUUCCUGCUCUAGCAUGUUCCAUUCUAAGUGUUGAUGCUAUGGAUAUCAGUGGAGAGCUUCAUCUUGACGUGAAACAUGAUAUCGUUAAGAGAAGACUAGAUUCUCAUGGGAACACUAUAGACGCAAGACAGGACGGUAUAGGCGCUACUAAGAUUGAGAAACCACUGCAGAAACAUGGUGGUAGGCUGGAACAUAAUGAGACUUACUGUGGUUCUUGCUAUGGUGCUGAAGCGGAAGAGCAUGACUGCUGCAAUUCAUGUGAGGAUGUUCGUGAAGCGUAUAGAAAAAAAGGGUGGGGUGUUACAAAUCCAGAUUUGAUUGAUCAGUGUAAACGAGAAGGUUUCUUACAAAGAGUAAAGGAUGAAGAAGGUGAAGGGUGUAAUAUCUAUGGGUUCUUGGAGGUGAAUAAAGUGGCGGGAAACUUCCACUUUGCUCCCGGGAAAAGCUUUCAUCAGGCGGGCGUUCACGUUCAUGAUCUUCUUGCUUUUCAUAAAGACAGUUUUAACAUAAGUCACAAGAUCAAUCGACUGACUUUUGGGGACUACUUUCCUGGUGUCGUGAACCCUCUUGACAAAGUCCAGUGGAGUCAAGACACACCCAAUGCUAUGUACCAAUAUUUUAUCAAGGUUGUACCAACAGUAUACACAGAUAUCAGUGGACACAGAAUUCAAUCAAAUCAGUUCUCAGUGACCGAACAUGUUAAGAGCUCAGAAGCAGGUCAGCUGCAAUCCUUACCAGGAGUUUUCUUCUUCUAUGAUCUCUCUCCAAUCAAGGUAACAUUUACAGAGGAACAUAUAUCGUUCUUGCACUUCUUGACAAAUGUUUGUGCCAUAGUCGGAGGUGUUUUCACGGUGUCUGGGAUAAUAGAUGCGUUUAUAUAUCAUGGUCAAAAGGCAAUCAAGAAGAAGAUGGAAAUUGGUAAAUUUGGCUGAUCCUUCUUAUCAUGUGGUUUUACUUGUGUUCAAGUGGGGUUGUCUCUCGUACUCGUUUUUGCGACAUCAAUAUAUUCAUUUAAGGCUUAAUGAAAUUUGAACAAUUUAAAUAUUCACUCUAUUGUACUCAAAUCAAAGCCAGACCUUUUAUUGCAAUUUGACCUUUUAUUCUC